CCUCACCUAAUCCUUAUCUAAUACAAGCAAAUCUAUCAAACAUUUAAUGCAAGACUACAUGAAAAGUCUUGCUUCCAUUUGUGAGGCUCCAUGUGGCUGUUCUUGCUGCUACUUUGCAGCCUUCCAUUUGCCUUUCAUUUCAGCCUCAUUUCAUCAAAUCUUGCAGCGUAUCUUACUGCACUUUGCUGCUACCAUGCUUUGGUGCAGCUCUCCCUUCUUUUCCUUUUGCUACCACCUGUGCAACUUUCUUUCCAUUUGCUGCCUCUUGUGCAGCUUUGACACCACAGCUCCAACAAAGAUGAAGAGCAGAACACAUAAAAUGGAGAGGAGUAUAUCACUCCAACUCAAAAUUUCUCAUUAACCAACUCUCUUAUAUAUAGGAGAAUACAAUCUUUGAAACAAUUCAAAAUUCAAACAACUAUUCUACAUUAAAAAACAAUAAAAUUACAUUUGAAAUUUGAAUAUGUAACAGCCACUUUUGCUGCAACUUGCGUCCUUUCGUAGCUCUACAGCCUCUUUGCAACCUUUCAUUUCAUUUGCAUUUGCAUUUCGUUUACAUUUCGUUUCAGCCUCAUUUCCUUAACAUUUGCAGCUUAGCUUGCUGCACUUUGCUGCUACCAUGCUGUUGGUGCAGCUCUCCCUUCUUCAUUUUGCUACCAUUUUGUGUAGCUUUCAUUUUCAUUUGCUAUUACUUUGGCAGCUUAAACACUACAACUCCAACACUCCUCCUUGGUGUUAAAGCUACAAAAAUCAAAAACAAAAAUUGAUUUAUGCCUAAGCACCUAGGAUCAGCCCUUUGUUGUCCAUCUUGUGCUUGGUUUUCACCAUUUUUUUUUUCACAUCCAUGUACCAUUAUUCUCAAACAACCUCAACUCCUCCUUCAUUACAGCUUUUCUUCUUUCGAUCUUGUUGCCUCAAACAAAUUUUGGAGGUUUUGCAACUAAGUUGCAUUUUCUGAGUAAAUAAAAUAAGGAAUUGGUACCUCAAAGUGCUACUUCAUCAUCUUUUUUCAUCUUCUAUAGCUUCCUUGGGCUACGGAUUUUGGCUACUCAGUUAUGAAAAAUGACUUGAUGCAAUGUUGAGUACUCUCUUGAUCCCAAUCUGCAUCUUCACAAGCCAUCCUUGCCUUUUUGGACUAAUGCUGUAGCAUAAAACACCACCCAUAUCAGCAACAUAAAACAUCAUUAAACCAGCAUCUUUUGCUUUUGCUGGAAACUAUUUGGGUUUGGCUGGAGUUUAUGGUAGUAUAUUUCUCUCAAAUCUCUCUCACAUAGGCCCUCAAAGAUCAAGAAAGGCUGUGAUACCAUGUUCAUAUUUUUUAUCAAAGAAAAAUGGAGAGAAUUU